AUGGCCGAUCAGGGACUUUUCUCGUCCGACCUCGUGUCCCCCUCCGUCGCCUCAGCGCUCCCCGAGAACUAUACCCUCCGCGCUCUUAGUCAAUCCGAUUACGAUAUUGGAUUCCUUGACUGUCUGCGGGUCUUGACCACGGUUGGGGAGAUUAGCAAGGCUCAGUUCAACGAAAGGUACCAAUGGAUGACGGGUCAUGACGGAUACUACGUGCUGGUGAUUGAGGAGGUUCGUGACGGCAAGCCCACCAUCGUUGGAACCGGGGCUUUGAUCGUGGAGCGCAAGUUCAUCCAUAGCCUCGGUCUCGUCGGCCACAUCGAAGACAUUGCCGUGGCCAAAGAUCAGCAAGGAAAGAAGCUGGGCCUGCGCCUGAUCCAGGCGCUCGACUUUAUCGCCGAGAAGGUCGGCUGCUACAAGACAAUUCUGGACUGUAGCGAAGCAAACGAAGGUUUCUAUGUCAAGUGCGGCUUCAGACGUGCUGGCCUCGAAAUGGCACAUUAUUACGACGGAGACAAAAGUAAGGCCCAGUGA